CGAGUUAGGAGCUGAGCAGGCUGAGCGCGGUCGGUUGCUGCACUUGCUGCCGGGAGUCCUGUGCGCUCUGCCCGCCUUCUUGGCCCCUUCUCGCCACCCGAGAGAGGAAUAAAAGAAGGGAGACAUUCUCUGAUUGGUGCGCGGGAUCCCGAGACUCAAACCCUGUGGCAGUGCCCUGGCUCCGUGUCCACAGGGGCGUUCUCAGCGGUAAUCCGACUGGAGGGAUCGUCCCCUCGGGGAUGCACGGGGAGGGUCCUCUCAAGGGUGAAGCGUCUAGGGGAUUCGGCAAGGCAGCCGCGGAGGCCCUCUGAGUGUGCACUCGACGAGUUCCAUCAGAGCCGGCACACUCUCAAGUCUGCCCCUUCCGGACCUGGCUAUCCCCCAUGGCAGAGGGAGGGGAUGGCUUAGGAGCCUCCUGACCCGGCAACCCGGCGUCGUCGGCUUCCGGACGUCAAGGCAGAGGGCAGAAGCCCGCGUGGAAAGCGCCACGGAAGAAACACUCAGUAAAAAGGUCCCGGCUUGAGCACCUCUGGGACCCAGGUCUCUGAGGCCACGAUUUACCCCGGAGCCUGGACUGCGCCCUCUGGAGACGCGCCGCCCGCGCCCCGGGGUGCCAUGUGGGGCGGACGCCGCCCGUCCGCCUCCUCCUCCGGGAUCGCCACUUCACUCCUGCAGCUGCUGCUGGCCGCUCUGCUGGCUGUGGGGGCGCUGGCCAGCGGCGAGUACUGCCACGGCUGGCUGGACGCGCAGGGCGUCUGGCGCAUCGGCUUCCAGUGCCCCGAGCGCUUCGACGGUGGCGACGCCACCAUCUGCUGCGGCAGCUGCACGUUGCGCUACUGCUGCUCCAGCGCUGAGGCGCGCCUUGACCAGGGCGGCUGCGACAACGACCGCCAGCAGGGCGCCAGCGAGCCUGGCCGGGCGGACAAAGACGGCUCAGACGGCUCGGCAGUCCCCAUCUACGUGCCAUUCCUCAUCGUUGGGUCCGUGUUUGUCGCCUUCAUCAUCUUGGGGUCACUCGUGGCUGCCUGUUGCUGCAGAUGUCUCCGGCCUAAGCAGGAGCCCCAGCAGAGCCGGGCCCCAGGGGGGAACCGCUUGAUGGAGACCAUCCCCAUGAUCCCCAGCGCCAGCACUUCCCGGGGGUCAUCCUCCCGCCAGUCCAGCACAGCUGCCAGCUCCAGCUCCAGCGCCAACUCUGGAGCCCGGGCGCCCCCAACAAGGUCACAGACCAACUGUUGCUUGCCCGAGGGGACCAUGAACAAUGUGUAUGUCAACAUGCCCACGAAUUUCUCUGUGCUGAACUGUCAGCAAGCCACCCAAAUUGUGCCCCAUCAAGGGCAGUAUCUGCACCCCCCCUAUAUGGGCUACACGGUACAACACGACUCAGUGCCCAUGACUCCCGUGCCACCUUUCAUGGACGGCCUGCAGACAGGCUACAGGCAGAUUCAGGCCCCUUUCCCUCACACUAACAGUGAACAGAAGAUGUACCCAGCUGUGACUGUGUGACUCAAGGUGCCAGCCGGGUUCCAUUAUGAGACCAAGGACAACAAGGAAGCUGUGGACUUGGCAAGGAUUCUCAAAGUGGAGGUCCAUGCACGACGCUGGUGUUCACGGCACAAUUCUUUCGGAUAGCUUCACUUGCCCCAAACUGUGUGAAAGCAUCUCUUUCUGAAUAGCUUUUCUGGAUAUGCUUCAUCCCAGUGCAUGACUGAAUUAUGGUGGCAAAAGGCGUCACCUGGAGAUGCCUGUGUUGUUACUGAUGGUUGUAUGACAUACGCUUGAGCCCUUAAGUGCCCUUGAGGUAUAGCUGUCAAAAGAAUUUUGUAAACACAUAGAUUAAGGGUUUUUAUUAUGUUGUUAUUAUUAUUUCUUUUCUGUUUUUUACUUUACCAGGUCAGAAUACCUGUUCUUUCCUUUUUCCCAGGGUAAGUUUUAUAUAAGCAUCCAAGGUUUAGGGGAAGGUGUUAACACUAUUGUA